AUGAAUCACGCCCUUGCAGAAAUAUUCAAAUCUCGGCUAUUUCAUGCUGAUCACAAAAGAAGAACGAAAGAUCAUGCUGAAUCUACAGAAGUGCCUAUCAACACGGCCGAACCGCAGCAGCAGCCAGAUAAUCCCCGCAUUCUCAAGUCAAUUGAGGAAGAGGAGCGUCCCCUUGCCGAGUCUGGCGCUUCCGACGAUGGGUCGGAAGAGUCCAGCCACAGUGGUAAAGGACCAGGAAGUAACAAAUUCCGCAGUUUGAGAAAAAGAAUAACGAGUUUCCCAGACCUGCGAUUCCGAUCGGCUUCCAGCUUGUCAAGCGCGUCAGAAGGCAGCUUGGCAGGCCUUUCAGACAAGCAGCAAAUAGCUGGAAGCGCAAAAUCGCCAGCUAAGAAGUGGAUAAACGGUCGGGCUGCCGACCGAAGGGUCUCUUCUUCCCCGCAUUUGAACCUUAGCGAGAAGCCACCAAUCAUAAACAUCACGAACGACACCGGGGUUUCGUUUGAAGAAGAGUCGCUCAAGGUACCUCGGAAAAGCUCCUCAGAGAAGCGGUUGAGUUCUACUAGCAUUACGAGGAUUAGCACCGCGUCUUCUGCGGGCUCCUCCAUUUUUGCUCGGCAGCCUAGGAGAGUCUUGAUACGGUCGAAUUCCGACAAUUGCCAACCAAAAAAGGUCAGCCCGCUCACCCCGUAUUCUAACCCCUCUCCAUUCGCGACUACGCUAGAUGAAGCUCCGGUCUCUGGAAUCACAAGAAGGCGUAGCAGAACCGUUGGCGCCUCAGAUUACGGAAAAACAAAUAUCUCGCUUCAUACAGGACUGAGUGGUGGCAGGGUCGGCUCCGACAGCAAUCUGAGGGAACAAGCUGUGACCGAGGGGUCUGUUUGUACGUCAGCUGCUUCACGCCCAACUCACCUACGGCAACACAGCUCUUCUCGGGUGUCAACAACAACCUCAAGAAGAAGCAGUUCACUGGUCAAUGCGAUCAGCAACUUUGUUUCCUUACGCUCCCCAAGUGUUUCCAGCAGAAACUCUUUGCAGAAGGCGGUCAUUGACCUUGAGGAUCUCCCCAAACCUCCUACGCCAAAUGAAAACGACACGCCUGAGACCUACCUCAGAAGUUUAGGAGGCUUUGGAAAAUAUUUAGCAGUUAUCCUAGCCAGCGACGACAGCGGUUUUAAGAUUGAUUGCCUAGAUAUAUUCCUAGAAAAUGAAUUUGAUUUCCAUCUCGAGCCACUCGAUAUCUCCUUGCGGAAGCUGCUCAUGUUCCUUGAGCUCCCAAAAGAGAGCCAGCAGAUUGACAGAGUGCUAACGGCAUUCAGCAAGUCUUACUACAAGCAAAAUAAUAAAGUUUGCAUUUGGGAUACUGACGAGGACGUUUAUUCCAUUGUCUUCUCAUUGUUGAUGUUACACACAGAUGCAUUUAACGUUAAUAACAAGACAAAAAUGACAAAGCAGGACUUUGUCAAACUUAUGCGGGCUGAUGCCGAGUCUGGAGGUUCUUUCACUCCAAAAGAGAUACUAGAAUACUUCUAUGAUAAUGUCACAUCAAAAGAAUUCUCCAAGAACGACUACCUGAUAUAUGGCUCGGAGGAUGAGAUCGAGGAAAAUUACUUCCAAAAUUCCGAGACAGGGUAUUCUCCCAAAGAGAUUAUUCAAAAUCGCCUGUUGAUCUCUUGCGCAAGCACUCCAUUGAGUCCGGCAGGCUUUUCAUCCAGUGGAUAUAGCCUUUCUCCAUACAAAGCAUCAAGCCCUUACAGCAAUUCAACAUCCCUGGGUGGCACAUCUUCAAAGCACGAAAGUCUCGAUAUUUAUUACCACAUUGCAAGUAAUACACUGGCAUCUGUGACGCUAGGGGCUCAGCUCAAGUGUCUACCUUUGAGUGAAGAGCUUCAAAAAGAUGAUGAGCUUUCGAGCACACAAUACGCGAAGUAUUUAUCAGUUAUUAAAGAGACCAAGGGAGGAUAUCUAAGGCUUCGGAAGGCACACCUAGAGUCAUUAUUUGAAGCCAACCUUGAAGUGAUAUCGCCCGCCAAAGAAGGCGACGAUUACCAAUAUCUUAAAAUUGUACAAAUGGGGAAUCUAGAGGAGCUCGUGACCAACCGUAAGUUUUCAUUAGUUGGCAGCGUGAAUCGCCGAGUUUGGAAGCGCCAGUUUGGCAUCCUCACAACUUCGUGUCUAUUUCUUUUCAACAGCAUGGAUUGGGUAGAGCCUCAGCUUUUGGUUGAUAGUACAACAAAAAUAUCGAACUAUAUCAUAGAUUGCCCCCCGCAAUUGCAGAUCAAUCACAAGUUUGGUUGCAACGGUUUAUUUGCAACAAGUAUAAAUCACGUCCCUACUAUAGAAGGAAACGCUGCUGGCGGUGUGGUCAUAGGUCAUUCGGAGAUGUAUGUCUACAGCGGCAGUAAGAGAUUUGUUUUUUCCUGUCCUAACGACAGCGACCGGCAAAAGUGGAUUGAUUCUAUCAAUGUGGCAGCAGCGUUUGACGGGUGCUUUAUAGAGGUCAGUGCGAUCCCGGAUACCGUUGUAACCAUGCGAAAGGCCACCGUCGCCGAAAAGAUCCAAAAGCUUCAGGGAAAUGGCUUUCAAAGAGAAGAGCGACUAAGAAGACUUCAAUCCCUUAUUGCCUUUGUUCAUCAAAGUAUUCCUUUGAACUCGAAAAUUAGAACAGCUUUGGCUGAAUAUCUAUCGCAGUUGGAGAAGAGACUUGACUGGCAGCUUUACGAAAUCCGCAGAAAUGAUGUUUACUCAAAAAUUCUAAAAGAACUUGGACCGGCGCCAGAAGACAACUCCUCGCAGUGCGACACUUCUGCCGACCAAAGUUUUGCUUUCAGCGAAGACUUAGAGAGGUGCCCGACAAACUAUUCCACGGAGCACUUGAGCGAUUCCAGUAUUAACCUGAGCGGGAUCAUGGGCGAAUUUAGGUAA